AUGAAGAUCGUCUGCAUUGUUUUAUGUCUUCUCACCUUCAUUUUUGUCAUGAUGGGACCUGCUUAUUAUACAGGCGUCGGCUGGGCUACAUUUGUGUCAUCAGUUGGAAUCUUUGUGACCACCUCUCUUCUUACUCUUUACCUUUUCCGAGUUGUGGAUACUCUUCCUUCCAUCAACUGGAUUGUUUGUGAAAUGGUGUACUGCUUCGCAUGGACUGUUUUCUUCUUUAUCGCCGCCUGUGUUCUUGCCGUCGCUUCUUCUCAAUUCCGCGGUACAUUUGCUUGGGCUAUUGCUGCGUUUUUCGCGUUCGGAGCCAUGUGUGCCUACGGAUUCGAUUGUUAUCUUAAGUUCCUCUCAUGGAAAAACAAUGAACGUGCGACAGGCGGAUCCAAUCCAGUCGUCAUUCAACAACAACAGAGGCGCAACAAUUUUGUUUGA